AUGUUGGCGUCUUCAAAGUUGUCCAAAAUCAGCAAAGAGGUUCGGUUUUUUAUUGGGUGGGAUUUUUGAAUUUGGGUUUUUCAAAAAAUUUUGAAAUUGUAACCAAAUUCUGGAUUUUAGGUCACAUUUAUUGGGAAAAAUCGUCCCGAAAAAUUUUGUUAUGCAAGUUUUAUCCCAAUAAUUAAACCAAAUCUAAUUUUUCAAAAAAGCUGUGUAACUUGAAUUGUGGAUUAAAAAUUCCUGAAAAUUCAGGUAAAUUUUAAAAUUGACCUGAAUUUGGAAACGAAUUUAGGAGAUUCGAAGAAAAGUUUACAAACUAUAAAAAUUACAAAUUUCAGAACAAAAUAUUGACUGAAAAAUUUAGCUGAAAAAUAUUCGUCUAUUAUUGGGACUGUUUGAAUGACAUGAGCAAUUUUCAGGCUUAUCAGGUUUUGAAAAAGUUUUUUUUAAAUAGUUUCUAACAUGAGCAAUGGAUAAUUUUUGACCGCCAACAGAAUUAUUUUUCAGGUUAGCAAUUUCAUCGUUGCUCAAGUCUUGGAUCGCGCUGAUAUUCUAAUUCGAAAUUCUUAUCGAAGAUUGACGGCUGAAAAUGAAACUCGUAAUGAGCAAUGGCAACAAAUUUCAGAAGAGGUUUGACAUUUCUCAACAUUCGUCCAAAAAUCUUCCAAUUUUCUAGGUUGUUAAUAAUUUCGAUAUUCCAAUCGAUGCAGACAAAGUCAAAUCGCAUUUUCAUAAUCGGAAAAAAGUGCUGCUCGCUAGAAUGAAAGAGUCUUUGAGGUAAGUGUAUUUUCCAGUUCAAAAAAUCAAUUUUUAUUCCAACAGGCUCUGUCAAAACCUGUCAAUUGACGAAAAAAUGGAAGAGAUUUGUCGAAAAAUAAUGUUCCAAAAUGAAAAUGAUGUGAAACUGGCUAGAAUUUGUUUGGAGGUUGAAGAAGAGGAAAAAUUGCGAAUUGAUGCGCCAUCCGAUGAAACAGCGAUGUGGAAUCGAUUAUUGGAGCAAACUAUAUCAUCGCCAUUAUCAAUGGAUGCUCCGAUUCUUUCGAAAAUGCUCGCCGAGCCGACGAGUUCAAGGAAACGGGGAAUUGACACAAAACCGACGACACAUUUGAUUGUUGAUGUUACUUCGAAUAGUGAAUUGAAACGAUUGCUGUGUGUUCUUGUGAGUUUUUUUUUUGUGGAAUUCUGGGAUAAGAGAAACAUGUUCUGGAAAAUUUCUGCUGGUAUUCCUUCAGAUUUUUGGUCGAAAUUCCUCAAAAACUCUUCAUUGCUCAUGUUAGAAAAUUAUUUAGUUACUAACGAAUUUAUUUAGUUACUAACGUAAGGAAUUUUUGAAAAGCAAAUCAGAAUUUUGAAAUUUAAAUAUUGAACUUUGAAAAUAAGUUUCUAUUCAUUUUUUUUUGAAUUUUCAAAUUCUUCUAAACUUUUAUAGACUUAGAUUCUCCCAAGCUUUUCCUUUUCUUUUCCAUUUUUUUUUGAUAUAUAUACAUAUUUCUUUUUUUUCCUGUUCGUUUUCUCAUCCAACAAAAAAAAAACACAUGAAUGAGUGUGUUGUUGAGAGAGCGUGCAAAUCGAAGAGUGCACUGACUUUGAGCGAUGCGUGUGCGUUGCGUGUGUGUUUUUAGUGGUGAGUGUGCGCUGCUCAAAUCGGGUGAGUUUUUCUCCGCUCUCGCAGACCUUCAGGGUGGGCUACUGUAGUAGGUAUGAGAUUAUCAAAUUGAAUUAUAUUUUCAGAUCGACAAUGGGUUUUAUCGUUUUCAACAUGUUGAGAAUUUGAAACAGGAUCAGAAAAGUGUGCCAGAUGUUUUCACAGAAAUACAAAAAAGGUCAGAUUUUCGAUUCGAAAAAAAAGUUAAACAAAAAAAAAGUUUUCAGCUCGGUUGAGCAAGUAAAUGUGGAUAUAAAAUUGGAAGAUGAUUUUGAAGAAGAUUAUGGAGUUCGAGAAGGAAAUUCGGAAGAAUUGAAUAAUGAAGAAGAUGUGGAAAAUAAUUUGAUUGAUGAAGAGGAAGAUGUGAAAUCGAGACUUUUAUCGUUAUUUGAAUCGAAGAGAGAUGAACCUGUUGUUCCGCCAAAUUCCAAGAGGCAAAAAACGACGUCGACUAUCACAAAUGCACAAUGUGAGGUAUAACUGGAGGGGUUGGGAAUUUUUUUAAGUCGCUGUAAAAUAAAAUUUGUUAGGAGAAAUCUGAAAAAUCAAUUUGAUUUACUGCUAAAAUAACAUUCUAGUCACACCUGGCGAGAGAUUGUCCCAAAAUUUUUGUACAGCGUGGAAAUUUUUGCAAAAAAAAUUGUGCAGCGUGAAAUAUUGAAUUUUUUGAAAAUUGUCAUCAAAAACCGCUGAAAAUCAAUGAAAACUACACUUUUUCGUGAAAAAAUGUACAGUGUGGCUUUUGAACAUUUUUGUACAGUGUCCAUUUUGGACACGUCUCGUCAGGUGUGAUUCUAGUGUGGUUUUUCGAUUUUUCAACACAUCUAAAAUAUCAAUAAAGAAAAUAAAUUUACCAUUCAAUAAUAAUUUUUUGAAACGUAAUUUUUCAGUUUGCGAAUUUAUCAAUAUUUUUUUUCACAGAUUAAUAUUUUGUAAAAAAAAUGUUUCAGAAUAUUUUUGAAUCAAGAGGCAAUAUUCAAUAUCAUAUUUUUGAAACGUAUUUUUUCCAUUCGCAAUUUUUCUCCAAUUAUUAUUAGGUUCACUCAAAAAUAAGAUUAUUUUUUGCAGAUGUGUGAAAGUGUGAUAAGAAUGAACACGGGUGGCUCGAAAUGGAAUUUGUAUGAACACGUAAUUUUGAAACAUUCAACUUAUCGACCUUUCAAAUGCACCGAAUGUUCUUAUGAGGCAACAAGAAAGGUAACAAAAAAUCAAAUUUAAAUUUCUCAAUUUUUUCUCAGAUUCGAGUACGACAACAUGCAUUUUCUCAACAUAAUAUGGAAAUUGAACCAUUGGAUAUGACGUGAGUUAAAGAAAAAGGCGAAUUCAACUACCACAAAAUCUAUUUUUUCAGUAACCCCGAAAUUCGCAAAGAAUGGCUUCAAAUAAUGUCCGAAUGUUUUCCACAACAUCAAUAUGGAAAAAAUACAAUUGCCUCGAAAUGUCAAUAA